AGUUCCUCUUAUAUAGUGAGGGAACCCAUUCUUUCCGCGCACUCUAAGAAAGGAAAGAACUGGUUUUUAUUCGCAUAAGUGUUGUUCUACCGUCAAAGUAAAAAUGAGGGAAAUUGUGCAUCUUCAGGCUGGACAGUGUGGAAACCAGAUCGGAGCUAAGGUUUGUACGAUUAUUUUACAAAUUAAUUUGGUGCAAAUCGUGCGCGUAAAAUCGCCGGUUCUUUGUAUGGGUGUCUGGUUAACCACACCCAAAGAACUGUAUUGUUAAUGAAAAUGAUUGCAAAUUAUAUUCCUAACCUAUUGAUUGUUUUGUUGUUUGGUGGGGAGAAAAGAAAAGAGCUUUGGUGUUUUAUGCACUUCUGUAUAAUUUUAUUCGACUGGUUUUAUUUGGUCUCGAAAUGAUCUUGACACUGUAACGUUACUAGCGAGUAAGUCAAUAUACAUGAGAAUGGGUAUUAAGAAAUUGAUUUUUUUUUAAUUAAAGAUAUCAAUGAUCGAUUAAAUAUGUAUAUACGUAGGCCUGUGGAUUACCAUACUACUGCAAUGCGCAAAAUGGGAAGUAUUUUAGUUGCCAAAUAACAUGGCCAUAUAAGAACUAAUCACUUACAAUUCGGUUAUUGUCUUAAUAUACAUAAUUAUUUCCCCCAAAAAGGAAAGAAUUUGACAUUUGUUCAACGCAACAUUAUGGCCUACACUUUUUUCGAUUCAUUGAGCGCGUGCCGCGCCCGUUUUUCUUGCGGAUAUGGGCGGUGUUUCAGCAAGUGACGUAUUUGAACGUUUCAAAACCAUAACUGAUGGGUUUCAGCCAAUCGGAGGUCAUGCCGCGCGCGCGGAAUUGUACAGGAGGGAGAUUUUCAUUCCAGAUGUCUAACUUUUAAAUGUAUGUAGGCCUACCUAACGUUCCAUGCAAUAAAGUAGAUCUGAUCCAUUGACGUGAUCAAAUGAGAAUAUUGAACCAAUGUAAUAAUGGCAUAGGCCUAUCAGUGUAAUGGUAUUUAUUGUUGACAUGCAUUUGAUGAAUGGAUCCCACUUUGAAUGGCAUAUUAGCUUACCUAAUAUUGUGCUCUGUACACUUAAACCUAAUGCUCUUCUUGCAGUUCUGGGAGGUGAUCAGUGAUGAGCAUGGCAUUGACCCAACUGGUACAUACCAUGGGGACAGUGACCUCCAGCUCGACAGGAUCAACGUGUACUACAAUGAAGCCUCAGGUAAGCCUUGUUUGUCUAAUUGAUUACUACAUUCUAUUAUACUUCUCAAUUGAUUACAUGUGUGGUUCUGACAUUGACCUUUCUUUGCCUCGUGGUUGUCUAGGAGGUAAAUACGUGCCCCGUGCUGUGCUUGUCGACUUGGAGCCAGGGACCAUGGACUCUGUGAGAUCCGGACCCUUCGGCCAGAUCUUCAGACCAGACAACUUUGUGUUCGGUAGGUCCUUCUGCUUCAUAUUUGACUGUUUUUUAAAUAUAAUACAAGAUACUGUAGAUAAUGUCGCCAAAGAAAGGAGAGAUGAUUUACACAUCUCUUAUUUUGCAGGCCAGAGUGGUGCUGGAAACAACUGGGCCAAGGGCCACUACACAGAGGGAGCCGAGCUGGUGGACUCAGUCCUGGAUGUUGUGAGGAAGGAGGCAGAGAGCUGUGACUGUCUGCAGGGCUUCCAGCUCACCCACUCCCUAGGAGGUGGAACUGGCUCUGGCAUGGGCACCCUGCUCAUCAGCAAGAUCCGUGAAGAGUACCCCGACCGCAUCAUGAACACCUUCAGCGUGGUGCCCUCACCCAAAGUAUCAGACACUGUGGUGGAGCCCUACAAUGCCACCCUCUCAGUCCACCAGCUAGUGGAGAACACUGACGAGACCUUCUGUAUUGACAACGAGGCUCUCUACGACAUCUGCUUCCGUACCCUGAAACUCACUACUCCCUCCUACGGCGACCUCAACCACCUGGUGUCAGCCACAAUGAGCGGCGUUACAACCUGCCUGCGAUUCCCAGGACAGCUGAAUGCUGACCUCCGCAAGCUGGCCGUCAACAUGGUGCCAUUCCCCCGUCUCCACUUCUUCAUGCCCGGCUUUGCCCCCCUCACAAGCAGGGGAAGCCAGCAGUACCGCUCCCUCACUGUUCCUGAGCUCACCCAGCAGAUGUUCGAUGCAAAGAACAUGAUGGCCGCCUGCGACCCCCGCCACGGCCGCUACCUUACAGUGGCUGCCAUCUUCCGCGGACGCAUGUCCAUGAAGGAGGUGGAUGAGCAGAUGCUGAACGUGCAGAACAAGAACAGCAGCUACUUUGUUGAAUGGAUCCCCAACAAUGUCAAGACCGCCGUCUGCGACAUUCCCCCCCGUGGCCUCAAGAUGGCUGCCACCUUCAUUGGCAACAGCACAGCCAUCCAGGAGCUGUUCAAGCGUAUCUCCGAGCAGUUCACGGCCAUGUUCAGGCGUAAGGCUUUCCUUCAUUGGUACACAGGAGAGGGUAUGGAUGAGAUGGAGUUCACUGAGGCAGAGAGCAACAUGAAUGACCUGGUGUCUGAGUACCAGCAGUACCAGGAUGCCACCGCUGAGGAGGAGGGAGAGUUUGAGGAGGAGGGAGAAGAGGAGCUGGCCUAAAUGUUUGUGUAACUGUGCUCUUCCUAGCUGUAUUCACUGACAUGUCAGUCUCAACCUUUCCAGUGUUCCAUUAUCUGUCCCUUUUUUUGUUUUGUCACCUCUGCUAUUACUGUCAAUUCUUGUCUGUACAGAAACAUGUCAAUAAAAUUUCUUAUGUUUAAAGUGCUGUUUCCCUUGAUUCAAUGAUUUCUAUUUUUCAAUAAAUAAAAUACUCAAUUAAUACACUAUUCUGACAUCCACCAGUUAUUCAACUAAGCAAUACACCGUUUUCAGUGGUGAUAACCUCCAGUUAAAUGGCAACAAUAUAUA